AUGAACCCCGCCAUCACCAACCUCGCCGUCUCGCUCGGCGCGAUGCAGAUCGCCCGUCGUCUCCCCACCGACGACCCCCAGGUCGUCAUGUACCUCCGUGCCGGCUACGUUGGUGCCCAGGCCCUCUCGUUCCUCAUCUACUACUACGUUACGAUGAAGAUCCGUUCCAAGAACGACCUCACCGUCAUCAAGUACGUCCAGCCCAAGUCGCCCAUGAACCCCGACGCCAAGGACGAGCUCGUGACCACCACUGUCCGCGACUACGACCUCGCCGAGACCGGCAAGGCCAUGAAGGCUCUCUUCACCGGCAUGGCCUUCAUGGCCUUCCUCCACCUGUACAUGGGCUACAUCCCUCCUCUCUUCGUGCAGGGCAUCACCACCCUCAAGGGCGUGCUCGAGUCGAACGAGGCCAAGCUCCACAUCUGGGGCCAGAAGGCCGAGGGCCCCCUCGCCCGCCCCUUCAAGACUGCCCCCGGUCUCAUGGAGCAGUUCACCGGCGGCGCCUCGGGCCCCCAGACCGACGCUGCCUCCAUCAAGGCCGCCGAGAAGGCCGGUGGCAAGUCGCAGUAA